CUUAUAUAUACUAUAGGGAGCGAAUGUUCCUCUCAACCAUUUUCUUUGUAUUUUUCCAAUUGCGUUUUCAUUACGAUCUCGGGAACGAGAACCGCAACUUUGCAAACCAGCUCUGAAGAUGUCUGUUACUUUGCACACAAAUCUCGGAGACAUCAAGUGCGAGAUUUUUUGCGAUGAAGUCCCGAAAUCUGCUGAGAACUUUUUGGCAUUGUGUGCAAGUGGUUACUAUGACGGAACCAUAUUCCAUCGCAAUAUCAAAGGUUUUAUGAUACAAGGUGGAGACCCAACCGGCACAGGAAAAGGAGGAACUAGCAUAUGGGGCAAGAAGUUUAAUGACGAGAUAAAAGAGUCACUCAAGCACAAUGCUAGAGGGAUAUUAUCAAUGGCCAACAGUGGAGCAAAUACAAACGGAAGCCAAUUUUUUAUAACUUAUGCAAAGCAGCCACAUUUAAAUGGAUUAUAUACUGUUUUCGGCAGAGUGAUUCAUGGGUUUGAAGUACUUGAUAUCAUGGAAAAGACACAAACUGGACCAGGAGAUCGUCCUCUCGCAGAGAUCAGGCUGAAUCGGGUGACGAUACAUGCUAAUCCUCUUGCAGGCUAAACUUGCUUUGGCAGUAGUUGAAAUGAAGAUUGAUGGAAACCUCAGAAUUCAAGUGGCAUGAAGCGCUAGUGCUAAGGGCUGCCAUGAUCAGGUGGAAGGUUUGUUAACAAAAUAACAUGAACAUGAGAGGUUCGAAAUAGAGAAUUAGAAGUAAAGUAUACGCAACCUAAACAGAUGGCUUAUUGGCUUAUUGUGUCUUCAGAGGUACUACGUUUAAGUGCUAACUAUAAAGUCGAUUUGCUGCGGCCAAUCUCAUGAAUUUGCUUUUGUAUUCUUAACUUUUGUGUAUAUUUAUUUAAACUUGUUUCUAUCA